CAAUUUAUUGCCCUGUACAUACUUGUAGUCAAACUUUUGCCUCCGUUAACAUUGGUUUUACUUUAACCAACUUCAUCUCACAAAAUAUUCCUUCAAAAGAAAUUUAACGAGCAUUUUGCAGGUCGAGUCAUCUUCCAUCUCCACUAUUUCGAUACAAUUCAGCGUGACAAAAAAUGUCGUUCCUAGACGAGGUCAAAUUGGAAAGCUUCCUAGGCUGGGGAUCAUUCGGGCUUGUGUUCUCCACAAUUAACAAGGAAACUGGGGAAAAAUUUGCCACCAAAUUUAUAUACGAAGGUGGACCUGACUACCGUGUCGAACGAGAAGCGUUACUUGUUGGAAAAACGCAUCGAAACAUCGUUGCUGUCAAAAACUUAACUCCUGAAACCUUCUCAUUCCGCAAACUUAAUAAAUUCAUAAAUUCAGUCGACAUUAAAGAUGAAGAUGGACAAAGGAGGAGAGAGUCCUUACUCAAGUUGGCAAAAGAAUGGGAUCCUCUGCCAAUUCACGUUAUCAAAAUGGAACUGCUCGGUGAUAACUUGAAGACCUGGAUAUCCACUCACUCCGUCGCUGCCAUAGAUGACAUUCGCUUGCAAACAAUUAAGCUACAAAUCAUCCAAGAUCUUAUCAAUGGGGUGAAAUUCCUGCACGAUAACAAAAUUACUCAUCGAGAUAUUAAGCCAGCUAACGCCCUGUUUGCAUAUUCCGGACGUCCAGAGAAAUUCGAGUUCCCGCUUAAAAUUGGAGACUUUGGAUUGAGUCGAGAAAUACUGGGAGAAGCGACGAAAGAGUCCUUGACGGCGAAGCAAGGAACUAAGCUCUACCGUGCUCCGGAAGUCGAUACGGGCAAAUAUGGGCGACAAGCUGAUCUAUAUUCCUUGGGGCUGGUUAUAUUUGAACUUGUAAUGCUAUUCAAGGAAAAAGAAGAGAGGAACGAUAAGUUCAGAUUAGUAAAAUGUCAAAACUAUAGCGUACUAGAUGCAGACCCAAUAAUUCAGUUUGUAUCAAUUGAAUUAAAGCCAUUGAUAAUUCGAAUGGUCCAACCGGAAGUGAUUCAUCGUUUGACAUCCAUUCACGAUGUACGCAAAUUUAUGGACCAAGCAGUCGGAGAGCUUAAUUUAAUUAACGCCAGCAUGUAUAACCCAAAAAAACUAACAAAGAAACUGGUGAUCGACACGGUUGAACUUAUGAGGCUUCUACAGGACCCAAAUUCACAACGGUUUCUUAGCAAUGUCACGUUCAAAUCUAUUCUGGGUAUAGGAGAAUUUGGGUUUGUUUAUCAGGCGCAUAAUUCUGUCAUGAAUAAUGACACGGCUGUGAAGGUGCUUGUACACGAUAAAUGGGAAGAAGAAGAUUACGCGAUUAUGGUUGCGCGGGAAACAGGCAUAACUACAUUACUAAAUCAUAAACACAUCGUGAAUGUGACUCAGACUCACAAUGUAAAACUAACUCCAUCAGAAUAUGAGAAACUGAUGGGUGAGAUUACCAUCCCCAAUAUUAACCAAGAGUAUAUUCGCAACAGGCUGACACACAGCUCAACUUCAAGCCUUACGUUCAUAGAGAUGGAGCUUUGCGGUCAAACCUUGCGGACAUGGCUGAACACUAUGUGUAACGACCCAACAUUGGAUCUAAAUCUGGAAAUGACUCAAUUCCAAAUUGUGCGCGGAAUUCGGGAAGGUCUUGCCUACUUGCACUCGAAAAACAUUCUCCAUCGUGACGUAAAACCAGAAAAUGUUCUGUUCGCAUCUUCGGAGUUUAAGCUUCCAGUGAAAAUUGGAGAUUUUGGGUUAUCCAGAAUAAUUGAUUCCGAUGACUAUAUUGUAACUUCUAAUGUCGGAACAAGUAUGUACAUGGCAGCAGAAGGUAUUAUGGGACAGUAUAGGAAAUCUUCAGAUUUGUUCAGUUUUGGCCUUAUUAUGCUCGAAGUGCUUGAUUUAGUUAAUCCACGUAAGCUAGGACGAACGUUUCAUCGAAUUGUUCAAAACCAAGAAUUUCAGCUGGUCAAAGAGUCGCAUGCAGUGAUAAUCAAUUCUAAGGAGUUAAUUAUCUCACUUACUCGUAGAAGGCGGGACGAUCGACUGAAGGAUAUAUCUGAGGUGAAAUUCGAUACUGAUUUGAACUAGAUGACUAGGCACAAGAAAUCAUAUCUGUUGAAUCAUAACUUUUUUUGCGAACCAGCAUACUUAAAAUUAACUAUAGUUAACUCCUAAUCAUUUGGUCUUACGGCAACAAACAUCAACUUGUUUUUUGAUUCGUCCAAAUCGAAUUUAAGUAACUGCGAAGGUUACUUCGAUCUGCAAGAUUACUUAAGCAGUUUCUUGCUUUUCAGUGCAAGAAAUGAAACAAACCCGAAACAAACGAAACACUGGUAAAAAUUAACAAUGAAUCCAUCUGUUCUGCAUAUAAUCGUUAAAUUUAUUGUUAGAAUACUUGUUUUCUUCGCGUAAUUUGUGAAAAUAUGUAAAUGUGUAUACGAUUAAAAAACGUUACGUAACGAUUCUGUCAAACCCCCCUCCCCCAUCCGUAACGAUUCGUAACGCAAUUCUCCAACCCCCUCCACCCCCUCGAAGCGUUACGUAAUUUAAGAACGCCCCUUAUGUGUGAUUAAAAUUUUCAAACCUAAUCCUAAUUUUUCACCUCUAAACUGGUCGGAUGGAUUAGCAAGCUAUGAAGGCUUUUGUAUAUUUAAGAUAUUUAAGUAUUUAUGUAAAUUCAUUAAAACAGAUUUACAUAUUAAUUGUUAGCUCCUGGUUUAAUUAUCUGCUCACGUGAUAGAGUUAUUAGUCUCUCUUAGAAACUUAUUAUAAUACUUAUGGUUAUCUGUAGCAUUAAACCAGAAUUUUCUGGUUAAUUUGCAACUUCACGCAUUUAUCGACUUCGUUAUACUUAAUUGUAAAUAAGAAUUUUAUUCUGAUCAAAACUUAUAUGGAUAAUUGUACACAGAAUGAUUUUAUGUUUAGUAAAAUUUAAGCUACAUACAUACAUUAAUAUUUCGGUGCAAGUACGUACACUUAAAUCACAGGAUUUGUAACAAAUAAAUAAUUUCUUACUUGUACAUA